UCGUGUCAAGCGCAGUAUCGUCAUGAUAGUCGCUCAUACGACUGUGCCUCGUAUUGCGGCGCAAGAAGAGCCGAAUAUCGUAAAAUUCCAGCUCUUCAGCCAAUGAGCGUCAAAUCGCCGCUCCGGGAGCCUCAUGGUUGCCACAGCAUGGUUCGAGAGCUAAGCAAGGUCGUGCUGAGUUGUGCUUUCUCCGAACAUCCGGUCACACUCGGGCUAUGCCAUCAAUUGAGAAUGAUAUCCUCACGGCUAUGUUCACGAAAGUUAUAUAAUCCAGCCAUCGCAUCGUCGACUGUCUUCAUCCGCUUCUUCCAUCGACAGUCAAGCACAACUACCAUCAAUUCCUCAACACAUCCUACAAACACCCUUUUCACACGAAGCUCAUACGAACAAUUACCAACAUGCUCUCCAAAGUCGCCGCUAUUGCGUUGAUGCUGUCGGCUGCGACCGCAUCUCCUACUUUCCGCGCGCGCCAGGACGACAAAUGCGUGACUGCCUACGACGCGUGCGUCGCUGCGGGCACUGCUGAAGUCAUAUGCUCAUGCGAUCGGACCGCUUGUUACGGUGAAGACGCUGCUCGCAUCCGCGAAUGGUGCUCCUCCCAGAUUGCUGCUCUGCCCAAGUCGACUUCAGCUGCUACUCCAGUCGCUUCAAGCAUUCCUGGUGGCUGCAACCCGGCUCAUCCAGGUUCAUGCCCAUCUUCGUACUUUGAUACCACCACCGCUGCUCCAGCUGCAACUUUCACAUCCAUCUCCGGCAUCCCCGGUGGUUGCAACCCUGCUCACCCAGGCUCAUGCCCCUCCUCAUACUUCGAUACCACUACUGCGGCUCCUGCCGCUACCUUUACAUCCAUCUCUGGUAUCCCUGGUGGCUGCAACCCCGCUCAUCCUGGCUCGUGCCCUUCUUCUUACUUUGACACAACCACCAAGUCCCCCGCCGCGACCUUCACAUCCAUCCCUGGCAUUCCAGGAGGUUGCAACCCUGCCCACCCUGGAUCGUGCCCUACACCAUCCGCCGUCGCUUCCCCUGUUGCAACAGCAGCACCGGGCUCCAACCCCAAGCUUGUGGAGGGCAAGACCUGGACCAUUUCGGACCUAACCCGUUACUGCAUUGAGGGCAACUCCGGCUGCGACUACAACUUCGCUGUUACAGCAGACGGCAAGACCGAGCGCUGCACUGUUAUCCGCAUGCCGGGUUCCAACGCUGCUAGCGAAAGCUGGGCCAACCAGCCAUGCACCACUGGAUCCGACUUGACCAUCUCUUGGGGAUACGUUGCGCAGCCCGCUCCUGCUUUCGCUGUCAUCACAGUCAACAAGGGUGCUGAGCUUGCUUGGUUCGGUGUGUCAGACAUCAAUGGCGGAAAGGUUUCUCCUAGCAGCCCCUUCGGCUCUGGUGACUUCGGUACUCUUCCCGCCUCGCCUGUGUACACUUACAACUAGAGGCCUUUGGUUUAUGAAUUAUGAGAAGAAGACGAUAGAUCUAAUGUAAUAUGCAUAUCAGGGUUCAUGUAAUGGCUUUUAGAAUAUAGAUUUAGCAAUUCAAGCGUAUAAUGAAGACGUUGUUGAGUCCAAACCAAUACACACAGCUUCUACUAGAUUGACUUGUUGUGUCUUAUCAUCCUGGGACCACUGCCUGUUGCCCUUUCUCUUCCAACAUGACCAUAUGUGACAGACGAAGACGUAAUCUCGAAGUAGUUUUGGAAGAGAUACAUGAACACCAAUUAGACCAGGUUAUGAGUAUGUCGAACUCGGUUAAUUUCUACCGCAUACUAUGGUGCUCUGAAAUACGGUACACUAAGCAA